CGGAGCCCCGAGAUGGUCAGGGCCCGACUGAGUCCCCGGCUCCGCCCCCGGAGGGAGGCUGCGGAGGGGCAGACCGGAAGUCCUUCCGCCUCCGCCCGCCUCCGUGCUCAUUGCCUCGUCUCCGUCGGCCCGGCGAGCGAGGUCGUGCCCCGGAAGUAAAGGGGCCAUGUUGAUGGGUGACCCCGAGAGAGGUACUGGGCGAGUGGAGAGUCCUGAGGAGAGGUAGCGCGUGGCCCGCGGGGAUUUUGGGAGGAUUCAUCCAUCUAGCAUAGUUAUGAGCCUGUUGUGCACUGGGCCCUGGCUGGGAAAGUUUGCUGAACACCCGGAAGUGCUGCACACAUAGUGUAGUGCUUGUCGUCCCCCAUGGCCCCGUGGAGCCGAGAGGCGGUUUUGAGUCUGUACCGGGCUCUGCUGCGCCAAGGCCGAGAGCUUCGCUACACUGAUCGAGACUUCUACUUUGCUUCCAUCCGCCGUGAAUUCAGAAAAAAUCAGAAGCUUGAGGAUCUAGAGGCUCGGGAGAAGCAGCUGGAGAAGGGCCUGGUCUUCCUCCGUAGCAGACUCGGAGGCCUUAUUUAGGAGCCUCUCUUUUCCCUCCUACCCUGAUUCCAAGAAGAGGACACAGGUGCCUUCAGUAGAGACUCCUGGCUCCCCCCACCCCACCUCACAGAUGCUUUAGGAAACCUCAG